UUACCUACAGAGCUCGUAAAUAAGCAUGACACCAUGACUUAUGUAAGUGAGACUCGUGAUUCCAGCUCGGAAAGAAAAAGGCCAGAUUUUGGAUUUAAAAUGCGAGGUACGAGCAUAUUGGUCGAGUGGAUAGCAGCGCCACACUUGUACACACCACAGCUUGGAUCGGCGUCUCACCAGGAGGCUAUGCCAUUUGCUUCUGAACUCGGUACCUAGUAGGAUUUGCUCUGCCACCAUUUGCCAUGAUCUGUGUCUGCCUUAAGUACUAGCUAGGGUUUAUAGACCGGAACCAUGGCUUCUUCCUGACUUCAACCAGAUUCGCAGCACCCACAGUCUCACACCGAUCCACGCCAACAUGAACCAUCCAGCAGCGGCCUUAUCAUGGAGAAAUGAACCAGCCAGGCUCAAGGCAUCAGCCGAUCUCAGCAUCCAUCUGAACCCUCCUGGGCACUCUGGCGAUGGCGUACCCGCUACCACUCCUUACACCCUCACCGGCCACGUCCACAGACAAGCCAAGGCCGUCAGCCCUCGAGCAUGCGUGUCCAUCGCCCUCAUCGGCCGCUCGAUCGUUCGACUCCGACGAGAAACCGGCUCGUCAGACAACAAAACAACGCACCAUUACAAGUCUCAAUUCUACCUCCUCGAUCACCACCGGCACAUCCUCUUUGACGGGCCCUUGCACAUCCCUCCCGACAGCCCCCAAGGCCAGUCAUGGCCCUUUUCCAUCCCCAUACCCACGCACACUUCCCCCUCAAUCCCCCCCAACCAAGACCCAAAAUGCACCUUUUUCCCUUGGACGCCAGGAGCUCCGACCCCGCCGCCGGGACCUCCCCCCCCCAGUUUCCGCACUCACACGGGCACCCCGAGCAGCAUGGUAGACGCCUGGGUGGAAUAUUUUCUGGCAGCCGACCUGACCGAGGAGCACGGCGGCAGCUGCAAGGUCACGGCCAAGGCGAGGCUGCCUGUUACUAUCCUCCCGCCUCGCGCUUCCACACCACAAUAUGGACAUGGAUUCCGCCUCCCUGCGGGCGUGGACGUGCAAAAUGACAUGGAGAUGAUGAUAUUCCCGCACCGCUCGACUCAUACCGUCACAACGCAGCGCCUGCGGCCGGGGAUGGAAGAGGCCAGUUUGAGUUUUGCGCAGGGGGUAAAGAAGCUGUUCAAGACGCCGUCGGUGCCGAGGUAUACUUUUCAGGUGCUCGUGCAGUUGCCGGAGGGGGUUAGCAUCAGUAUGGAUGCAUUGGAUGGGCGUGGUGCGGCUGCUGGUGCAACGCCGCAUGUGCCGGUUUGGAUUAAGGCGGUGCAUCGCCCCGGUAAUGACGGCGGUGGUAACAUGAAUGAUGCGCAGCUGGAGGGAAAGGAAAAGCAAAGGGGUCCACAGAUGAGGACGGUCAUACUAACCAGCGUGGAGAUCCGUAUAAUCGCUAUAACCGAGGUGGCCGUGGACGGAGCCUUUGUCAGGGACAUGGACCGGCAGCAAGAAAGCGAAAUCAUGCGGCUCACUGUCGACUCGCAACAGACUCAGGGUCGGGGUGUGCUGCCUGUGGAUGUUCCGGGGGAUGAAAGGGAGGAUGGGGAGGGGUUGCCGCUGGAUGUUGGGGCGGUGCUGGGUUUGAGGUUGGGACGGGACUGGGUUGAAGCUCUGGGCGAGCGGCGGCCCAUGGGGACGAGAUGGGGGGUUGCUAGUGAGGGGCUGUGUCCGGAUUUUGUGACGUAUAAUAUCAGGAGGGGGUAUCGCAUGGUGGUGAAGAUGGAGUUGGAGCUGGCGAGGGAGAGGGUCAAGGUUAGGUGCGAGCAGGGGGUGGGUGUUGUUAAUGGGGAGUAGGUGGUCUGGGGUGGAUAUGGGGUUGGUACGGGUGGUGUAGGGACAGGUAAAGGGUGUCUUGCUUUGCAUAUGUCAGGCGUUGCGGCAGGGAAUGGGGGACCAAGGAUUAUGUCGUCUAAGUUGAGUGAAAGAGUCAGAAACGGGG